UCUUUGUUCCGCAAUUUGUCAUAGUAUUUAUUCAAUAUUGCUUUUUUCAAUUAUAAAUAUUUAUCUUAAUAUCGUCUUAAUAUCAUAAUAAUUAUAUUGUGACUCAUUGACCAUUGUCAUUACCAAAGAACAUAGUCAAUACUUCAACAGUCUUUCGUCACGUAAAUAAAUUAUUAAAAUUAUAAACGUAAAAUUGUUAUAUCUAUAAACGCUACGGCUACAGAGUGUGACUCAGUGUCAGUGGUCUCUUAGCUAACAACUAUACCUUCCUCUAAGUUCCAGACUCCAAUAUAGUUAAGUGCUAACAGACAUACUUAAAGCAAUUAUUUUCCAAUUCCUAAAUAGGAUAAGUUGGGGUAUUUUGCGAUUGUUCUUUUGUGUGCUCCGUAUUGAGUCGUAACCAUGGCCUUGUAUCCUUCCCUUGAGGAUAUGAAAAUUGACGUCAUGGUACGAGCUCAAGUGGCUCAACAGCAUACGAUUCGAGAUGCAUCUGCGCAAUAUAAUCACCCAAAUGCAAUUAUUCCGACGGCGCCAUCAUAUGCAGUAUAUCCAGCACUUGGUGAUUACAUGGGCUUGGAGCUAUCUGAAGAUGUCAUAGCCCACAAUAUGCCGGAAUACCGUGUACAAGUUGCACAGCCAGCACCUACAACUUAUACUAAUAUGAUAGCACCAAUUUCAUCUCAAUCAGUGAGCCUGUCAAAAGCUACUGUCACUGGUGCAAUCAGACAGGUAGUAAUGUGUAAGGAUAGAGAUGGAAAGUGCGGUUUGAGACUACAUUCAGUCAAUAGUGGAGUGUUUAUCUGCUAUGUGGAAGCUGGUAGCCCUGCAGCACUUGCCGGGCUGAGAUUUGGAGAUCAAAUCCUCGAAAUCAAUAGUGUGUCUCUUGCUGGACUAACUAUGGAACAGAGUCAUGCAAUUUUGAAAAAGGCACCAACGAACGGUAUCACAAUGGCGGUCAGAGACAGACCCUUUGAAAGAACUAUUACUCUUCAUAAAGAUUCACUUGGCCAUGUUGGUUUUCAAUUCAAGGAUGGCAACAUUGUUGGUCUUGUUAAAGAUUCUUCUGCAGCCCGUAAUGGCUUAUUGACCGAUCAUCAACUUCUUGAAAUAAAUACGAUAAAUGUUGUGGGCAUGAAGGAUAAGGAGAUAUCAAAGGUCAUUGAUGAGAGCCCGUCUGUGGUUAAUGUGACAGUUAUUCCGCAGUAUAUAUACAAGCAUAUGAUAAACAAGAUGUCAACAUCUCUCUUCAAAGCACUGGACCGAAACCCUGCUCUUUAAAUAAUCUUGUAAGUUCACACUUGUAUUUUUUAUUAUUCCUAUGUUAUGAAGCACAUUUAAUUGUAUUUUGGAACACUGUUAAGUAAAUGAGAUAGGAUUAUUGAUUAAAUUUAAUCACUGUGAUAGACUGUAAUAGUUGUAACACAAAAAAAUACUCUAUAUUAUAAUGUCAUAAGAAACACUGUUUAUGUUAAGAAUUAUCUUCCUUGCAUUUGAUAAUAUUUCUGCACAUAGUUUUAUAUAAUUCGUUCAAAAUCAAAGCUCGAUAUACUUAGAUAAUUAAUAUGUAAAAUUACUACAAUCACUGAGUAUCCUUACCAAUGCUAGGUUCAGGUAUAUAUAAAUACACACUCACAACCUAAUGUACAGUUAUCGCGCAAGUUGAAUGCAGUCUGGGCCUGGGGUAAAGAGAGGGGGAGCAUCUACCCCCCGCUGUCCGCACACCUCGCCUCGCGCGCCUACAGUGUAGUGAUGUACCGUAGUCGUCGCUUACCGUGUUAUCGCGUUAAUGCUAAAGUUGCGAUCCCGUCUUUAAUUUUUGUAUUUUAAUAAUGACUGAUCGAGUCCCAUCAUGUUGCAAAAAAACGAGUUUUAUUAUCGCCCAGCACGAGUAGUUGCGAAAAUUGUUUUGGGCAUGUGUGUUGAAGAAAGGCAGAACAAAAACUUAAGAUUUCAUUAUUAGGUUAGGGGGCAUUUAAACGACGAUACAGUAAUAUAUUAAAUAAAAUAUCGUGUCCGUCAUAUUUUACGAUUCGUGAAGCGUGUGAACAUGGGCAUUUAAAAAGCAUUACUUCUAUAAAAAAAAAACGAAUGGUGAAAAAAAAUUAUUGGUCUACAAACACGAAUCGUCCUCUUGUGAACGGGCUCUUAAAUGAUAAACUUGAAGCAUUGUUUAAAUUUAUCGACACACUCAUGAUUAUCGUCAUCAAUUAUAGUUAGGUCACAGCACUAUCGCAUUCCUUAACUCGGCAUUCAACUCGCGCGAUAUCUGUAUUUAAUUCUGCAAUAGCCUGAGGAUUAAAUGAAAUGAUUGGGGUUGUUUUGUGAUGUGCUAGGACUCGAAAUCUUAUUGUCACUGCUAUUUGCACAAGAUUCCAUCUAUCGCCAUCAUCAUCCAACUGGCUCUGUCAUUUAUUCCCAUUAAAAAGAAACUCAUUUCCAAUACUUUGCCAAAAUAUGCUGUAUGAGGCUCGAUGUAGGUACAUUUUUUUUAAGCUCAUGCUAUUUUACAACACUAAAGAUAUCGCUAAAUCCAUCACUGGCUUUAUCUCUUGGUGUUGUAUAGAGGUACCGUUUUAUUAUGUCUUGUAAUGAAUUUAUAAUGGUGAGUGUCUAGCUUGAUCCCUGCAGCCGAAUUCCGCCAUUGCAGUACCGGAAAGACUUCCUAAUGUGUUUCAAAAUAGCAAUUUGUUUGUUUUCAAAAAAGGGCGUACAUCUUUUCUUCCUUUUCCUCUGGUGUUGCAAAAUGGGUGAUCAAUUACCAUCAGUUGACUUGACCAUAGGUACACUUGUUUAUCAUCUCGUCCCUAAAAAAAAUGAGUUGCUGCUGCUAGCCGGCCUUUUUACGAAGUUGUCAAUGUAAAAUUGAUAUGGAAACACCACAUUAGCUCUUUCUACAGUUUGAAUGAUGUGGAGACUGCGUUUUAAUGCGGCAGGAUUUGGCUUGGAUUCAUCAUAUUGUUGGCGAUUGUCGCAAUCUGCAGUAUAACUCUCGUGCGUUGGUAUAGGGAUGGAACCUCGUCUCAUUAACGUGUGACGUCAGCAAGCACUGGAAUAGUUUGCAAAUGGUACUUUUAAAAGAUUAGUGAUUUUUAAAGUUGUAUAUGCCUUGAUUUGACGUCUAUAAGGUGGUGACCAGUCCCUUAUCUAACACGCCCUGAUUAUUAUAUCAAUACCUAAUAAGUAAGGUUUUAAAUUGUGCCGAUUUCACCACCAUAUUGUAUGAAGCGUUAAUAAAAGAAAAUACUAUGUUUUUAAAGUUUAUUGUAAUAUGAUUUAUAGCAGAAUAGUUAUAAUUUAACAUAUACUUUCCUAUUAAAUUUUUUUCUUUCGACUUCAUAUUCUCCAGCCUAUUAGAUUAAAUUUUUAAUUGUACCAUUCAUUUACGUUAAUAACAAAUGUAUCCUGUAAGAAAGACUUAUUACUGCGAAUUAUCUUUAUUGCUUUAAUUUUAUAUACAAUUAUUAUUAAUUAAGUUUAUAAAAAGAUGUAUCUGUUAUAGUGUAUUCUUAUGAAUGAGUCCAAAAAUUUUUAUGAAUGUAGGUGUAUAGUAGGUAUACGACAAAUGAAAGAAUAUUUAGUUACCGGGACACCACGGUGGCGCAACCAGUCGCCUCUACCAACAAAAUAUAAACAGCUCUUUUGUUGUGCAACCAAUUUGGUGGCGCGACCAGCCCAGCCCCGUCGUGACUCCGGUGUCUAUACGGUGUUUAGUUUCGUAGCUUACAGACACCACGGUGGCGCAACCAUGGUGUCCCGUUGCAUUUUAGCCCUUAAUGUUAUAUUGAAGAAAAGGUAUCUAUGCCAUUGUAGUUGAUUGUUAGGAUAUGAUAGAAGAUAUACGUUAAUUUCUUAUUAUUAAUCAAUUAUACACAUUUGAAAUUUUGUAUUCCAUUAUUAAAUAUAAUUGCAAUAAAUAAA